AUGGCUACUUUUAGCUAUUUCUCUGGGUUAAAACCUAAUCAAUGUAACCUUGAGAUUAAGACCAAAAUUGUUAGAGCUUGGAAGCAGCAUUCUCCGGUUGUUGGAGAGAGUAUUGAGUUGGGAGAUACCAUUCAUGCGACUAUUAAAAAAGAUUAUGUAGGACGCUAUGAUCGCAUUAUGAAGGAGGAGUAUUCGAUGAUUAUAGUGAAUUUUGCGGUCAUGCCGUCCGUAGGUGCAUAUCGAAUAACCCACCAUUCAUACAAGAUCGCGUUUUUGGAUUCCACCCAUGGGAACUUUUAUUCUGAUUACCUGGUUGACGUAAUCGGCCAGGUGGUUGGGUUCAGUAAUGUGGAUAUUAUCUCUGUCCAUGGGAAAGAUACCCACAAGUUGUCGCUACAGCUCAGGAAUGAAGUAGAUCAUCGCCUCACAAUCAAUGUGUGGGGUAAACAAGCUGAGGUGUUUAGUGAUGCUCUUCGUUUAGGAAGCAGUUGUCCUUUGAUAUGCGUUGUCCGAUUUGGAAAGAUCAGUGUGUGCCAAUCGGAACGCACUGUUUCUAACGUCUACAAUAUUUCCGAUAUUGCCUUGCAUCCAGAUAUGGAUUAUGUGGAAGCGUUCUUGAAACUCCUACCGCGUAAGCAGGUUACCGUUGAACAUAUGGAUUCAAAACCCAUAUGCCUGGUUUCCGAUAUUACAGAAAAGAAGGAUUUUUUUGCUGAAACCCCAUGGAAGACAAUUGCAGAAUUGUUGGACACCACGCAGGUCCAGAUGUGCUUUGUUGUCUGUACCAUUGCUGCACUCGAUACUGAGAAGGGAUGGUACUAUUUGAGUUGCAACGUCUGCGGAGUUGAAGUGCAUAAUGUGUCUAACGACUGGUCUUCUAGGGGAGCUGCACAUUGUAAUAGACUGAAAAAUUACUACUGUGAAAAGUGUAAAACUCAUAUUCAAAAGCCCGAUGCAAGGUACGCCCUAAAUUUGGUUGUCCUUGACAGUACUGGCGACACAAAUUUCCUUCUAUUCGAAAAUGUGGCAGAACAACUAAUUGGACAACCUUGCAGUGCGUUAAUCGGUGGAAACAUUGAUGAGAUCCAGGGACGUGCUCUCCCUGCAGUUCUGACAGAGAGAGUUGGUAAGACAACCAUCUUCAAGAUUACUACCCAGUAUAAAAGGUCUAGGUGCAACCAUGCAACUUUCAAAGUUCUGAAGCUUAUAACAAGUACGGACUGCAUCAAUGAGCUUGCUAUUAACCAUUAUCCGAUGCGUAUUCGAAGCUCAAGUUGCCAAGCAAUUCCAGGGAAGUGGUCGACUGAACAGGGAUCUACAUCUAAGCUAUGUGGUUCAUACAAUCAUCUAAUGUCAAGCUAUCUUUCACAAGCUAAAAGGCGUGUAUCCCAUCUUUGUUUUGACGAAACCGAGAGUUAUGUUUGGACAAAGGGAUCAUGUUCGGUGCGGAAAAAGAAGGAGAAGACCGAUAGAAGUGGCUAA